AGAGAAAACAGACCCGCGCGGUACGAACGAAACCGUCGCGCGGAUGGUCAUCUCGCCGUGAAGAGUGAAGUGAAUUGCCCGGCACACCGCAGGAAAACUCGCCAUCGUCGUCGGUCGGGAAAAUUCUACUUCCAGGCUCCGUCGAGCCUUUUGGGAAGCUGAGCCCUCUGAGUGUGUGCGUGUCCUGUGUGCGGUGUUCUGCGCGAGAGUUCCCCACAGCAGCAUCAGGCUGACCGAUUGUGUCCGCGAAGACGUUCAAGGGUACGCGCGAGUCUGUGUGGUAGUAUUUUCCCAGCAGCCAGCGGCCAGUGUUUAGUGUUUAUUUUCGGUUCCGUGGGCGGUUGGAUUUUCCAAGAGCUGCAGAGGGAAUAGCUAGCUUUGCUGUGUAUGUGGAGACUCCGAAAACGAAAACUGACCGAGAAGAGAAACACGGCGGCGGAAAAAGAAGAGCAUCCUUGGGCCGCAGAGUUUCCCCCGUUCGGCCUGCUGCUGUGCGGAAAAGCGAUCGCGAAGAGAGGCGUGAGCUGUGUGCCCGCGUGAGACGGAGUGAGACAGCGCGAGAGAGCGCUUGACGGCAAGGUUCACCCGGAGGUUACGCAAGCCGUAAACGGGCGUAAGCACUUCCCCUUCGCUAGAGCUGUCAAAGGAAGCCGAAGGAACGCCGCGGCUCGCGGUCGAUUGACACUCUCCAGCCCCGGGAGACGGCCAGCCGCCGUCAGUCCAGGGUCGGCCACGAUCGCAGCCAGAUCACACUCGUAGAGUUCAACCGGAGCGGUUCGGGGGCUGUGGUGGCACCGAGUCGAACUGACGGGGUCUGUGAAUCUGCUGCUGCUACUACUAGUUCCGAGUUCCGUUCGAGUGCAGUGAUUUCGAGUGCAUUGCUGUUCGGUGUGUGCGAAUGGGCCCGGUCUGUCCCUCGGAUACGUGAGACACGUCCUGCGAGUGUGUACGUUAAAAAGUGUGCGCGAAUUCAGACCACAGGCAUGAUGUCGGCGCUGAGCCAUCAGGUCAAUAUGAACAACUUCCUGUCGCUGCUGGUGGGUGCCUCGCUGGUGACGGCCAACUCGUCGCCGAACCACGACAUCAGCUCGCUGUCCCAGCCGACCGAGUUCAGUAACGGGGUGUCGUCGUUCGCCCUGCCGGCCGAAGAUCGGAUGCCGAUCGAGAGCUUCACGCUGGCGUUCCUCAACUACAGCUACGUGGACGCUAGCGGCCAGCUGCGGGAGCUGGGGGGCAACGAGAGCGCCAAGUAUGGCGAGGGACGUGUCCUCAACCGCACGGGGUUGCUGGUGCACGUCACGAACAGUGCCAACCGUUCCGAUCACUCCGGUUGCUCCCGGUACUGGCUCGGUACUCGGGGUGAUCCGCUGCCAGCGGACCACGAAGGGACCGCCUGGAUCGCGCUCAUCAAGCGCGGUGGCUGCAACUUCGAGGACAAGGUGAAGCACGCGGCCGAGCAUGGGGCCGCGGCCGCCAUUAUCUACAACGAUAAGGGCGACACGAAGCUGGAUAAAAUGAAGAUCAACGAUAAGGAGCGAAACAUUACCGCGGUCUUCACCACGAAAGCGCUGGGCCACGAGCUGAUCGAGCUGCUGGAGAGCCACGAGGUGUUGAUGCACAUCAUCGAAGGUUCCCGCCAGUUCCGCCCGAUAGGCAACAUCAAUCGCACGUCGGUCCUGUUCGUGUCGAUCUCGUUCAUCGUGCUGAUGAUCAUCUCGCUCGUCUGGCUGGUGUUUUACUACGUGCAGCGGUUCCGGUACCUGCAAACGAAAGACAAACAAUCGAAACGGCUGUGCAGCGUCGCGAAGCGAAUCAUUGCCAAAAUUCCAACGAAAAGUAUUAAAUCAGAUGACAAGGAAAUCGAUAACGAUUGCUGCGCCAUCUGCAUCGAGCCGUACAAAGUGACCGACGUGAUACGCGUGCUACCGUGCAAACACGAGUUCCAUAAGGCGUGCAUCGAUCCGUGGCUGCUGGAGCAUCGCACCUGCCCCAUGUGCAAGAUGGACAUCCUGCGGCACUACGGCUUUGUGUUUACCGGAAGUCAGGAGAGUAUACUGCAGCUGGACAUGGACAUGGAAGAGGGAGACCUUAUCGAUGACCGCAGCAGCACCGACGGAGGGGGCUACCAACGGCGUAACAGCGUCAGCCCGUUGCCCCAGAUACGGGCUUCCAGUGAGAAUCGGAUGUCACGCAGUUCCUCCGAGUCGGAAUCGGAGCAAGAGCAGAUGGAUCAUAUGAAUUCACACUCUUCUGGGCGGAAUGCCGCCCAUCAGCGGCGACAAGCGGAUCAACCGGAUGACAGCGAUAUCUGUGUCGGGUGCCUGGCCGCUGCGUUGAACAAGAAACAACGCAAUCCGGAGAAUACCGUCACCCAGGAUGACCCCGAUAGUGACUCCUGUGCCGCCGAAACGCAUGGAUCCAAGAGUCUGCCGGCAACGUUAAAGAAAUACAAAGGCAACCAUUCCACCGGCUCGUGCCGCGGUAUGAACCCGCCGGACCACUACCAUCCCUAUCCGCACGAUGGGCCCCAUCGGGCCGACGGCGAACCGGGCGCCCAGCAGCAGCAGCAGCAGUCGAAGCUUCCGUUCAAGUUUUACAAAACCGAUCGCGGUCAGGUGCGCAAAGUACGCACGCCACUGAAAAACGUACUCCCGCAGUCCAUUUCGGCCCCCUGUGAUAACGAUAGCUCCCUGCACGUGUGCAUUCAUGACCAGAGCCCCGACGACGCGAAGAGGCGCUGCUCGUUGUCCCGCAAAUCGAUCACGUCGGACGAUCGCAAAGGCGACGUGGUCACGUGCGAGGAUCUCAAGAUAGCGAUCGAUUACUCGAACGACGACGAAGUGUCGGACGAAACGGAACCGAACAGUGACAACGAUCUGAUCGUCCGCCGAUCGGAGCGGGAUGGGGGCGAAAAGGAGAGCCAGAAAAAGUGAUCGGAUCUCGGGUGGCUUCGCCUCCGAGCGUCCAGCAUUCCGUGGAGCGACGGUAGAUAAUGACCGCUGUGCUACUACCAUCGACCAUCAGAUGCCGGCGGCGGUCCGCGCGACCGGCAUGUGAUAGAGUGAGACAUUAGAAACACACGCAGGCUUAGAGAAAAUGUGUAGAAAAUGUUCGGUUCCGAUUGUUUCCGGCGGUUGGGUUUUGUUUCCAUUUCGAAAGCGCCAAUUCUCUCGCCAGUCAAGCGGCUGCAGCCAACGGUUUCUGCACCGUAGUUUUUUGGUAGACUAACAAACUAAACGGGAACGGGACACGUUUGCCGACUUAGAGUGAGGAGUAGUUCCACACAACACACGCAGCUCUAACCCGCAGUAGUGCAAGCUCGUAGAGAAACUCAAAGAAACAACAAUCCGUAGUUCCGUGCCGCGAACACCGUGUUUUAACUCGUUCAUAGAUAAAAACUCGAAACUUUCACCGUUUUUGCCCACUAAUAGUUGAUGCAAAAUCGCGCAGAAAGUACUUAGCAAAAUGUAGUAGGAAGUUAGAUUUUUCAACACGGUUCAAAAUGUUGCGGCGCUUGGGGUCGCUGGAGCCCUGGAGAGAGGCGCUACUGGAGUGAUGUGCGAUAGCACCCCCCUAACACACCCGUCUUCUUACUCUGAACUUAGCCGUUUCCGGUGUGCUCGAACACCUGGACCUUAUUAGUAUCUAAUCGAUCGUUUCCUAGAUAGGCCGAUAACAGUUAGUGAUUCACCAGCACCAACCAGCAAGGUUCCUUUUCCGGCGAUCGGCUCGGGGCGUCGGGCGGCGGAGUAAGGUUUUUGAAGGGAAGGGUGCACUCUGACACCCUGGGGCGUAGGACGGUAAAUUAAUUUUUAAACCAAAAGCCUGUAGUUUGUUACUUACGGAAAGACGAAGACGCUAGUGGCGAUCUCAUGCUUGCGGGGUACACAAUAUAAUUAAACGCAAUAUGUGAUAAGGCAAGCGGUGCUUACAGGACUGGAUCGCGCGGACCCCGUCCAAUUUGUGUGCAGGUUGUGUGCAGGUGCUAAAACCUAAGAAAGCCGGACUGAAACGUGGCCAAACACCGGCACCGAUGCCGGCAAAAAGCGGACCGUUAGAUCGCAUUUCCUUUGGUUUUGUGCCUCGAAUUUCCCGAAUGUAACAGUCAAAUCAAAUCUGUCCGAAACUGGUAUACUGCGUACAGACCUAAUCUUGCAAGCAAGCUGCA